AUAUAUAUAUAUAUCAUCGUUCUACACAGAACCCAUCUUCAUUUUUUUUUUUUUAAAUAUAUAUAUGUGGGGCAAAAUAGUCAUUUUAUAUUUGUAGAUAUUUUUGAUCAUUUUUAACAAUAUAUAAUAAUAAGGGUAUAUAAGUAAAUUCUCAACAAAUUCUGACAUAGGGAGGUCUUUGUAAAAAAAUAAUAAAUCUCAGAUUCGUCUGCAAUUAUACCAAACCUAAGGGGAGGUCACUGUAAUUUACCCUAAAAUAAAUCCAAUCGCUAAACCCUAAACCUUAAAAAAAAAACAAAAAAAAAAACCCAAAUGUGUUUAAACCUGCUGCGACUUCUUUCAAGGGAAACGGAAAUGAUGAACUUUAAUCGUCCAAUGUCGGCCGGAGCUAGAUGGAUCUGUACGGCGGUGGAGGUAGCGGCGCAACCUGGAAAAGAAGGGCGGCUCUACCGAAGGCUGUCGCCGUUGGGAGCUUCCGGGAGCGUAUCGCAGACGUUAAAUGAGUACAUUAGAGAGGGCAGAAUCGUCAAGAAAUAUGAGUUGGAUAGGUGCAUCAAGGAACUCCGCAAGUACAAGAGAUACCACCAUGCCCUCGAGAUAAUGGAAUGGAUGGAAAUGAGGGAUAUUAACUUCUCCUUCGGGGACUAUGCAGUACGCUUGGAUCUUAUAUCAAAAGUCAGGGGAAUAGAUGCUGCUGAAAUUUACUUCAAUGGCCUCUCACCAUCAGCGAAGAACCGAUAUACUCUUGGAGGCCUCUUAAACUGCUAUUGCAAGGAAAAGAUGACCGAUAAGGCUUUGGCUCUCUUUGAGAAGAUGGAUAAACUGAAUGUUGUCUCUUCUUUGUCUCUUAACAAUAUUAUGUCCCUGUAUAUGAGAUUAGGCCAGCCUGAGAAAGUGCCAUCCUUUUUCCAGGAGAUGAAGCAGAGGAACAUUUCACCGAGCACAUUUUCUUAUAACAUAUUGAUGCAUAGCUAUGCGUGUUUAAAAGAUAUUGAGGGAGUAGAAAGAGUUUUCGAGGAGAUGAUGAAGGAAAAUGAAAAAGAAUGUGAUUGGACAUCAUAUAGUAACUUGGCCGCACACUACGUCAAGGCUGGACUUAAUGAGAAAGCUGAGUCAGCCCUUAAAAAGCUGGAGGAAAAAAUGGAACCUCGUAAUCGUGUUGCUUACCAUUUUCUGAUUAGUUUGUAUGCCAGUACCGGUAAUCUAGGUGAGGUCAAACGGAUUUGGAAUUCCCUGAAGUUUGGUUUUCCAACGACCAACAAUUUAAGUUAUCUUGUUAUGCUUCAGGCUCUUAACAGACUGAAUGAUAUCUAUGGCUUAAAGAAAUGGUUCGAUGAAUGGAAGUCAGGUGCCUCCUGUUAUGAUAUGAGAUUAGCAAAUGUUGCUGUAAGUGCUUACCUAAAAAAUGAUAUGGUCGGAGAAGCUGAAUUAGUCCUUCAUGAUGCCAUAAAGAGAUCAAAUGGACCCUUUUAUCAGGCUUGGGAGAUGUUCAUGUUCUUCUUCUUAAAGAACCAUCAAAUUUAUAAUGCUCUGAAGUGCAUGGAAGCAGCGAUAUCUGCAGCCAAGGAAGAUGAGUGGCAUCCGAGAUCUGAAAGUGUUGGUAAUUUUUUUAAUUACUUCAAGAACGAGGGAGAUGUCAAUGGCGCCGAGGAGUUAUGCAAGAUGUUGAAGAAGGUUAAUUGUCUUGAUUCUGUGGCUUACUGCUUAUUGCUUCAGACCUACAUUGCAGCUGGCACAACAGCACCUGAGAUGCGUCACAGGAUGGAGGGUGAUGGAAUCGAAAUAAGCUGGGAGCUUGAAAGCUUGCUUAAAAGCGUUUGUCCUCGAUAAUUAAGUCCCCAAAAAAUUUGGAAUGUUAUGUACCCCACUUUUUUUUUUUUUUUUUUACCUAGAGAGGAAAAAAAAAAUGUAGUAAAAUUUUAUGUUAAAUAUAUUAGUUUUUGAAUUGAUAGCCAA